AUGCAACGCUAUCCCUCAGCGCUUCAACACAAAGAAUUGCGAGAUGUAUGGAACCACGCCUCCUUCCUUGUUCAUAUUGCCUAUGAUCUGGACUGGGCUGUGCGUCAAUUCGAGUUGUUGGAAAGGGCAGCACCAAAUUGUCUGAUCAAAGCAAUUCUGUUACUCAACAUCGGCAUAAUCUCUUGCCUUGUGGCAGAAUACCGAUCCGCCGAGACAGCUUUUCAGAAAGUCCUUCCGUUGCAUCCUUUUCUUGCUCCACUUGCUCACUACCUUCUUGGUGUCGUGCGAUUCGAACUUGCAGACUACGAGCAGGCGCAGAUAAGCUUCAAGCUCUGUGCUUACAUUCUCGAGCAGACAGAUCACAACCGCCCAUAUCAUCACCUUGGACUCGAUUUCACCCUGUCGUACCGUUUAGUUGCAGAGAACGAGGAGAUCGCCGCUUAUGAGUGGACACUCAAACAAAAGGGGCGGUACGGGUUCAGGCUGCUGAAUAGGAUGCCAGCAUCGUUGGUCUUCAGCAGCACCGUUCUGAAUGACAAGGUCGAGCUUUGUUGCGACAGGACAACCAGAUUGCAGACUCCUCGCUCAGCAGUUUCUAGUAGCGUUUUCAGCACGCCUUCAGACAGUGUCUUGUCUACUGCUAAAACCUUCGACAGUCCUGCUUCGGGACCAGCCCUGGACCUCGGGACGCAUACAUCUCCGGUCAUACCUUGGCGACCUUUCAGAAAGCCAAUGGUACCACGAGCAGCGCAGGCCGAAACAUCGAACUUUCGGUCUCUGGCACACUUUCUGAAGUAUACUGGGCCAGAAGCUUCCCAAGCAACCCGAGCAACGGAGGUUGUAAACACUCCAGAAAUUGCAUUUCCGGCCAUAGGUCAUGCAAGUAUUCCUACCAGACGCACCGGAUCAGUACGACAAGCUCUACUUCAAGUUUCUGAACAGGCAGACAUGAGUAGCCUUCUUCGAAAAGCAUCUACUCUGACACUCAAGAAGUAA